UGGAGGCGCGGCAAAUUCGCUGACCGGAGUGCGCCUCUCUGGAAGUUGGGGUUGAGUCGAGAGCGCACAGAGACAGACUGGGGACCAGUGCUCGGAAGGGAAGCGCAGUGGGUGCGUUCGAAGUGCCGCUACACUCUGACCAGUUGUCAGGGAGCGACCUCGGAUUGUUUUUUUGAAAGUCUUUAAGGAUCUUGCAGGGGAGCGAAACAACUUCUGGGGAGAAACGUAAACGGGAAGUGAGAAGAGCGUUGACGAUGGAUAAACAUAAAGUGCUGGAGAGGCUGCUGGAGGAGCUGCAGCGGUUUCUGAAGCUGCUGGAUGCGGAGAAGCUGAGUGGGAACGCCACCGUGCACAAGAGCCUGCUCACAGACCUGCUGCACUCCUACACAUCCAAUGGUGGAGAUGAAGAGUACAUCUACAUGAACAAAGUCGUCGUGGGCAACAGCCAGACGCCAACAGACCGAGAACACAGAUCAGAGCCAGAGUCCAAUGGCAAGUACACCCCAGGACCCCACAAGAGCCUGCCCGAGCUCCCUCCGCCCAGAUCUUGUGUGAUGUCCAGAGAGCCCUUCCCCUUGCCGUGUGUGCCCACUGAGUCUCCAGAGGGCUACUAUGAGGAGGCCCAGCCGUACGACACCACCAUCAACGAUUUUGGUUGUUUUGCACUCAUCUCUGGAGCCCGGACGUGUGUCGAGGCCUCAGACAAUGUGGUCUAUGCCGUGAUCACGCGUGAUGACGGCGAGGCGGUGAGCAGCUCGUACGAGUCCUACGACGAGGACGAGGUGUCCAAGGUGAAGUCAGCGGCACAGCACCAGUGGCCCUCCACCGAGGCCUCCAUCGAGCUGAUGAAGGACGCCCGCAUCUGCGCCUUCCUCUGGCGGAAGAAGUGGCUCGGACAGUGGGCCAAACAGCUGUGCGUCAUCAGAGAUACCAGACUGCUGUGCUACAAGAGCUCUAAAGACCAGACUCCACUACUGGACGUCAGUCUGGUGGGCUGCAGCGUGAUCUACAAGGAGAAGCAGCCCAAGAGGAGGGAGCACAAGCUGAAGAUCGUGCCCCUGGGCGGAGAGGCCAUCGUCCUGGGACUGCAGAGCAAGGAACAGACAGAGCAGUGGCUCAAGGUGAUUCAGGAGAUCAGUCCCAAAUCCACAGAGGGAGCAGAUGUGUCGGACUCCCCUCGCCUCAUCUGCACAAAGGCCGAGCUGGGUGAGAGGCAUUCUGUGGCGUCUGAGAGUGGCAGCAGCACAGACAGCCAUGUAGAGCCCCUGGAGGCCAAAGAUGUCAAGAAGAAGUAUGGAGGAGGGCUGAAGUUCAGCAAUCUCAUGAACAUUGGGAAGAAGAAGAUCCCCAACUUCGACAGCCCAGAGAAGUGUGUGGACACCUCAGGUUACCUUAACGUGCUGGUGAACAACCAGUGGCGUGCCCGCUGGUGCCUGAUCAAGAACGGCCAGCUGUGGUUCUACCAGGACAAGAGCAAGGGCAAGGUGGCCCGCCAGCCCGUACCGCUGGAGGGAUGCCUGGUGCUGCCCGACCCCAGCCCAGAACACCUCUACUCCUUCAGGAUACAGAUGGACGGGGAACAGCUCGCACAACUGGAGGCCAAGUCGUCGGCGGAGAUGGGCCACUGGCUGGGCCUACUGCUGUCCCAGACCGGCACCAAGACCGACCCGGAGGAGCUGGCCUACGACUACGUCAACUCGGAGAGGAUAUCCAGCAUCGUCAAUGCCGCCAAGACCUCCAUGUAUCUGAUGCAGCGGAGGUACUCUGAACCCAACACCUACACAGACAGCCCGCCGUCAGACGUCCCAGGAUCGGACGACAUCUAUGAUGACGUGGCAUCUACCGAAAACGAGAUGGAGGACGGCCAGGAGAACGGUGGCGGAGAUGUUCUAACGGUGGAACAGGACUCCAAGGACCAGCUGUACUUGGACCUGGUACCAGUUCGCUCCUUCCUGCACACCUCCACCAAUCCCACAUCUCCUCAGCCAUCAGCAUUGGCGCCGGGUCAGGGUCAGGGUCAGGGCCAGAACCAGGCCGCACCCCAGCCGCCGCCACGCGACCCCAGCCCCCAACCCCAGGCUGCCGCCGAGCAGACACAGGACGAUGCAUACCAGGACGUUCUACCCAACGAGCAGCGGUACGAGACCCGGUUGCCCUCCAGCACCCCACCACCACCACAGAGGCCCCCGGACCCUGAGCCCCCCUCUUACACCAGCCCCCGUCUGCAGCCACAGCCCCAGCCACAGGUCCAAGCCCAGCCUCAGACACAGACCCAGUCUCAAAACCAGAACCAGUCCCCGGCCCAUCCCAAAGCCCAGCCUUCCAGCUUCCUCAGCCAAGAAGUAGCUAAGAAAACAGGUGGCAGUGUAACCAGCCAGGAGGCAGCUAAGAAAACCAGCAUCAGUGUCACCAGCCAGGAGGCAGCUAAGAAAACCAGCACCAGUGUCACCAGCCAGGAGGUAGCUAAGAAAACCAGCUCCGUCAACAGCAACAGCACGACCUGCAGUUCCAGCAGCAGCAGUUGCAACAGCAGCAGCAGUAGCAGUUCCACCUGCACCUCCACUACGUCCUCCACCUCCUUCCUCAGCACAGCGACCAUCCACACCUACCCUGCAGCCCAGACCCCCCAGAGCCCUCAGCCUCCACGGGGGAGAGCGGCCAGCGCGGACAAGGCCCGUGUUUUGGCAUCAGUGUGCUCGGGGUCGGUCGAGGGCAAGCUGGGGAAGAACCGCACGGAGGCGGACGUGCGACGCUACACAGACGAGCGCGACCGCCUGGAGAAGGACAGAGAGCAGGUGAAGAGCAGCCUGGCCACCUACAGGAAGGAGAGACGAGACGCCAAGGAGGAGCUCAGCACCUGCCAAGACCCGGCGAAGCAGGCGGUGCUGGAGGCGUGUUUGAAGCUGAAAGAUGAGGCGUGUCGGGAGGCGGAGCGUCGGAGGGUGGAGGUGGAGCUUCGACUGGUGGAGGUGAAGGAGAGCUUGAGGAAGGUGGAGGCCGGACCCUUCACACUCGGCACCACCGUGGACAGUAGCUUAAUGGAGAAUAUUGUGUCUAAGGUCUCAUCCUCGACUCCUCCAGUGCCUGCUGCGGCCUCCAUCGCCCCCGUCAGUAAUGGAGAGGCAUCCCCAGUGAACUCUGCCACUGCGCUGAAGAACAGGCCCCUGUCGAUCAUGCAAAGCAAAGGAAACGUGCUUGCAAAGGCAAAGGAGUGGGAGAAGAAGAGGCCAUCCUAGUGGGAGGACAGGACAUGAAUCAAUCCACUGUCGGGCAACCCUGUUCCAUACCAAUGACAUUGCUGAUUUCCCACAGGCCUCUCUGUUGGUCUGGAUGAGGCCACUUUUAUUUCCCCUGGCAAUGACCUGUGGUGGGAAUCACUGCCCCCCCCCCCCCCCCCCCCCUUUUUCUUUCCUCCACUUCCUGUGUCUGACUCUGCAAGCCAAUUUUGCCCUCCCCCUCCUUCAACGCCUUGCUUGUCCAAUCAAAGACACUGACAGUACUGAGUGACAGCAGGGGCCUCCAAUGACAAGGCCUUCCACUCUUUGUCUCCCAAGAUGACAAUGAAUAAUGCCACUGGACAAUGUUAUAAUAAAAUAAAAAAAAACAACCGG